GUCAGCCGGAGCUCCAAGCUAGUGCGGAUCUACAAAGUUUGUCCGCUCCGGGGCACCGUAGUGGCUUUUACCCUGGCCGAGAGGGCCCGGCUGGGCUAGACUGGGCUCAGCGGCUGGAGCCCGGCUCAGCUUAGGAGACCCUGAUGGCUGCGGUGUUUCUAGUAACGCUCUACGAGUACUCGCCGCUUUUCUACAUCGCGGUGGUCUUUACUUGCUUCAUCGUGACCACCGGCUUGGUGUUGGGAUGGUUUGGUUGGGAUGUUCCAGUAAUUCUGAGAAAUUCGGAAGAGACCCAGUUCAACACAAGAGUUUUCAAAAAGCAAAUGAGACAAGUCAAGAAUCCUUUUGGCUUAGAGAUCACCAAUCCAUCUUCAGCUUCAAUUACAACUGGCAUAACUUUGACAACAGAUUGCCUUGAAGAUAGCCUCCUUACUUGCUACUGGGGGUGCAGUGUUCAAAAAUUAUAUGAAGCUCUGCAGAAGCACUUUUAUUGCUUCCGAAUAAACACUCCUCAAGCAUUAGAAGAUGCUCUGUAUAGUGAAUAUCUCUAUCAAGAGCAGUAUUUUAUUAAAAAGGACAGCAAAGAAGAAAUAUAUUGCCAGUUACCAAAAGAUAAUAAAAUUGAAGACUUUGGUACAGUGCCCAGAUCUCGCUAUCCAUUGGUAGCGCUGUUGACCCUAGCUGAUGAAGAUAACCGAGAAAUUUAUGAUAUUAUUUCCAUGGUGUCAGUAAUUCAUAUUCCUGAUAAGACUUAUAAACUCUCCUGUAGAAUAUUAUAUCAAUAUUUACUCCUGGCUCAAGGUCAAUUUCAUGAUCUUAAGCAACUUUUCAUGUCGGCAAAUAAUAAUUCCACUCCCUCCAGCAGUUCCUCUCCAGAGGAAAAAAACACAGACCGAAGUUUGCUGGAAAAGGCUGGACUAUCUGAAAGUGAAAUGGAGCCUCCAGAAGAGAAUAGCAAGGACUGCGUGGUUUGCCAGAAUGGGACUGUGAACUGGGUGCUCUUGCCAUGUAGACACACGUGCUUGUGUGAUGGCUGUGUUAAGUAUUUUCAGCAGUGCCCAAUGUGCAGGCAGUUUGUUCGGGAAUCUUUUGCACUUUGCAGUCAAAGAGAGCAAGGUAAAGACAAACUGAAAAGUCUCUGAGGAUGUUGUUACAACUGAGAAGUACACUUCCUACUGAAGAUGCAGUGUUCUUGUGUUCUUGGAAUUAAUCAUAACAUGGAAUCUGCAGUGUUAACUGUCAAUGAAAAUUCUAUUUUGACUUCAUAUUUGUAUGGUACAUGGAUGGUGAAAAUUAAUUAUUCCUUGCUGUUCAGUAUGGCAAAUACUGGAAUCCCAUUCUGGGUCAAUGCAUAAAAAUUCAUUCAACCUCUUGAGAAGAAUGUAAACAUUUGUCCUUUUAUCAGCUAGAGGAUUUCACGUAAUGUUGAUUAGAAAAAUUCUGAAAAGCAAUCCAUCUAAAAUUCGAGGAAGUAAAAGUCUUAAGAUUUCUGAAUGUUUUUCCUUUGACAAAAUCUAGAAUGCAGUUGGGUAAAAAUGAAAUCCUUCUUAAAAUAAUUGUAUGUUCGCUGGUUUACAAAAGAGUUGGAAAGGGCUUCUAACUAACUUUAAAUCCUUUCCUGAAAUAUCUGUUUUUAUAAAUAUCCAGCUGUUCGGUUUCUAAUUUUCCUUAUAAUUAUAGUCACAUAAACACAAGUCUUAAUUUUUAAAUAUAGCUUCUUAAAUCAUAAAUGCAAGAAACAAUUCCUGACUGUUCUCAGUGUAUCAUAGACUUAAAUGAUACUCACUUAUAGGAAGCAGAUAUAUAAAACAUGGAUAAUAAAAUUUAUUGGAUAAUUAAAUGUAUUGUCCAAUAUGAUUAGAGUAGCUGGAUGUGACCUGCCAGGGAAGAUCCGCGAGGCUCUCAAUGCCUUACCUUAGAGUUCCUCCUGCACACGAACCCAUCCAAAACUGAAGGGGUUUAGAGCCAGAAAAAUCACUAAAAGAAACAAGUGACUCUUUUUUUCCUAGGGUGUUUUUUAUUCUAAGUAAACCCCAUGUCCUUCUUAAUAGUAAAUCACUUUGUUCAUCCCUUGUUACAUCCUCUUAAGAGUUGAGUAACAUGAUAGUCAAAAAAGCCCCAUUCCCCACUUUUCCCAAGAUGACUAAGAAGAAAAAAGUAAAUCAGAGCUUCCUGUUUCUUCAGUGGAAAUUACCUUUAACUCACUAAGAAAUUAGAUUAUGGCAAAUAAACUGUGACAUGCAGGGAGAUUUCCAAGCCUCAUUUGUCCUGUUUGUAUUAAGAAUAAUACCUUAUCUUUGUAUCAGUGUGUUUACGUAAUAUUAUUUCAUUCCCAUCAAAUAUAGCACUCUCAAAAAGACAUUACCUAUUCUCCAUUUUAUAAACCAAAUCAAAUUUCAUCUAUGUUCAAUAGCUAUGUAAUAAAUACCUUCUAGGGGCCAGAUACCUUUUGGGAGUCUGGGCUACCAAGAAUCAGACAAGGCUGCUGACCUCAAAGUAUUUGUCCCUAACAGAAGCAUUGAUGCCUUAUUAGAAGCACAUACCUAUCUUAGUAAUUCCUAGGGCCCUGUUCUAAUUCUAUCCGUGGAAGCAGGGUGGUCAAAAGCUACAGUCCCUGCUGCAGUUGGCUAGCUGUAUAGCAGUUCAUCUGGGAAAUUCACUUCGUAGGUCAGUUGGGGGAAUACUCAGGGAUCAUUUUGCCCAUCCUGUCCAUCCUGCUUCCCUUUACAGAUCUGUUUGUACCUAAACUGUCCUAGAUACAUGGUUGCUUUCUCAUCUGAGAUAGCUUCCACCUGCAAUCUCAUUCCAUUUUUCAUAAUUUUUAUUUGUAGUAAAAUAUACAUAACAUAAAAUUUACCAUUUUAACCAUUCUUAAGUAUACAAUUUGGUGGCAUUAAUUACUUUCACAUUUUUAUGUGACCACCACCAGUAUCCGUCUUCAGAAUUUUUCCAUCAUCCCAGACUGAAACUCUAUACCCAUCAAACAGUAACUUCCCAUUACCCCUCCCUUCAGCCCCUGGGCAACCACCAUUCUACUUUCUGUCUCUGUGAAUUUGACUAUUCUAGGUACUUCAUAUACAUGGAAUCAUACAAUACUUGUCCUUUUGUUUCUGGCUUAUUUCACUGAGUAUAAUGUUUUCAAGGUUCCUUUGUGUUGCAGCAUCUAUCAGAAUUUCCUGCCUUUUUAAGACCGAAUAAUAUUCCAUUAUAUGUAUAUACCACAUUUUGUUUAUCCAUUCACCCAUUAUUUUUCAUAACUCUUAAAGAUGAUUUGCCCUUAGCUCCCCUUGCUGCAACUAAAGGAAUUGUUUUUCCUGACCUCAGUAGUAAUAAAUAUGAGGAAUUUGGUAAGUAAUCAAGUAAAAACAAGUACAGUGUCUCAUAGAGGCUUAUGGCAGAAUUUGCCAAUAGCAGUGAAUAAGGGACAUCUUGUGAGAACAUCUACAAAAGCAUUUUAUUUUAUUUAUUUUAUGGAUCAUUAGAUAAAACAUUUGCUUUAUGUAGAGUAGUUGGUACUUUCCAAAAAUCUCAACCAGGGAUACAUUAAGCAGAACUGAUAGGUGAGUAGCCACCUCCUCCUUCAGUGACCCUUUCUUCCCAACUUGGUACCUAUGAGGGUUCUUAAUGUCGAAACCAGCUCUAGGGGAGGAACUUAAAAACUGUUGCUUAAGGACACAACACAGAUCAUCUCAUCACAUCACAGAUAAUCGUGAAUUAUCUCCCACUGGGACUAUUGUACUUUUUAAGCCUUCUCAUUAAUUGUGGAAUGAAAUUUUGUCUUGGCUUGUGGGAAUUUGUAGCAUCAAUAUAGGUAAUCUGGGGUUUAGGAAGGGUCGGUGGAGGUGAUUUCAGCCUCUUCUACUCAAUCCUGCCUCAGAUGGCCCUUAUUCCACUGGAUAAUUCCCUAACUCCAUUACCUAGAUUUUGAACACUGAAUUCCCCUCUCUUUUCGUAUCUCCCUAUAUUAUAUUUCUCCUGAAUCGUUUCUCUCUUGUCAUCAUGACCUCUAGUUCCUGGGUCCCUGAGUCUAUUCUAUUAAUUCAUGAACUUGCUCCUGGGUUGCUGGCGCAACUGUUUCAAAUGUGUUACCAUGUUGGCUUGCUCUCUUGGCCUCUCCACUCUACCUGCCCCAGCAGCCCACACGCUUGGCUUACCUCAACUAUGUUUCUUUCCUGCUGUUACCGCAGAAGGUCAAGUGGUCUAACCAAUUUAUGGAGUCCACCAUGAAGUCUCUCUGCUUAGUUGCUUCCAGGUCUUCACUGCUGCUCAACAAUCCUUUUAUUGUUUUUCUAAUGGACCCCCUACCGAACUCCCAAUAGCUAUUUCUCUUCCACUCUUGUCAAGUUUUGUACCCCACCACUGCUGUCUCACUUUCAGAAAAGAACCUUCAAAAGGUAGGUGAAGAUGAUAGACCCCCAAAGUCAUAUAUCUUGGGUUUUUUCCCAGCUCUGCCACUUGUCCCUUGGACAAAUUAUUUAACCUCACGCACUCUAAUCAGUUUCCUCAUCUAGAAAAAUAGUGAUAAUAGAACCUAACUAUAGGCUGUUGAGUUUUAUACCAGUUAAUAUAUGUGAAGUGCUUAGACCUGGGCAUAGCAUAUAGUAAGCUCUAUGUGUGACAGGUAUUACCGUUACUACUUUGUUUAGAUGUUCAAAGCCAGUAGACAUUCUUUUCUCUCUUCCUCAAAAGAGGAGGUAUAUUAUAUAUACAUUGAUACUUCUGAGGCCAACACUGCUUGUGUUAUUGAUCUCAUCUCUGUUUGCUCCCUGAACUCAUUUAAUUAUUCAUUCAGUAAUUGAAAAAUUACCGAGUGCCAAAGACAUUAGGCAUGAGAAUAUGGCAGUAAAAAAAAAUAGGCAAAAACCCAUGCCUUCAUAGGCCUUACAUUCUAGUAGAGAGGGAGACAAAUUAGUAAGCAGUAUCAUAUAUCAGGUGGAGAUUAAGUGCUCUGGAGAAAAUCAAAGCUGGCGUGAAUGAGUCGGGAACGUGAAGGAUGGAAGUGAGGAUUCUACUUCAAAUACGAUGGUCAAGGAAGGCCUCACCAGCAUAAUAGAGACCUUUAGAAGGCCAGGAAGUGAGCUAUGUAUAUUUAGACAAAGACACCUUAACUACUGCAAGUCUGAGAGGUGCAAUUUACUGAGAUGUAAACAAUUGGGAAAAGGCAGGUUUGGAGGAAAAGAGCAAUUUUUUUGUUCCAUUUUGGAUGCCAGUUGGAAAUCCAAGUAGGGAUCUCAAAUAAGCAGGUGAAUAUAGUACUCUGAAGUUCAGGGGAAAGAUCUGGCUGAUAGAUUUCAUGUUUUCUUGAUGCCAUGUCAUCAGCAUGGCAUUUAAAGCCAUGAGUCUGCAUGAGAUCACCGACGACAUGAGCACAGGAAUAGAAGUGGUCCAUGGACUGAGGGGAUACUCCAGCAUUCAGGGAGAUUGGGAGGAACAAGUACACUGAGAAGUAGAUGGUGAGGUAGGAGGAAAACCAGAAGCGUGGGCUUUACAAACCAUCCCAAAAUGGAGUUGUAUAAAACCAUCACCAUUUUAUUAUACUCACAGAUUGUGUAGUCAGGUAUUGGGACAGGAUAUAGCAGGGAUGGCCUGUCUGGGAACUUAGUUGGGAAGACCCAAAUGACUAAAGUGACUCAAAGUCCAGAGGACUAAAAUCAUCUGAAGGCUCUUCAUUUACGUAUUUGGUGACUGGUCUGUGAUGACUUGAAAGAUGGGCCAAGCUAGGACAACUUGUGGCCUCUCCAUGUGGCUUGGACUUUGUCACAGCCAGGUGGCCUCAGGAUAGUCAUUUCUUAAAUGGGGGCUCAGGAUUCCAAGAGUAAGUGUUUUUAGUGAACAAGGCAAAAGCUGCAUGGCCUUUUUUGUUUUUGCCUUUUUUUCUUUUUAACAGCUUAAUAGAGAUAUAGUUUAAAUACCAUAUCAAUACAAUUCCCCCAUUCAAGGGUUUAAUGUACUCACAAAGCUUUCCAACCACCCCUACAGUCAAUUUUUGAACAUUUUGAUUACCCACACGAAAAGCCCUGUGUGCAUUAGCCAUCACCCCCACUCCCUGCCAUGUUUCCCCAACCCUACGCAAACACCGAUUUACUUUCUUUAUAGUAUAGAUUUGCCUGUCCUGGACAUUACAUGGAAUGGAAUCACAUGUAGAAUCACAAAUGGAAUCACACACAAUAUGUGGCCUUUUGUGACUGGCCACAGAACAUUACUUAGCAUAAUGUGUUUAAGGUUCAUCCAUGUUAUAGCAUAAAUCAGUAUUUUAUUUCUUUUUAUUGCCAAAUAAUAUUCCAUUGCAUAGAUAUACCACACUGUGUUUAUCCAUUCAUCAGUUUACGGACAUUUAGAUUUUUUUCACUUUUUGGCUAUUAUGAAAAAUGCUGCUGUGGACAUUGGCUACAAGUUUUCAUAUGGACAUGUUUUAAUUAAUCUUAGGUAUAUACCUACAAGUGGAAGUGUUGGUUCAUAUCAAAAUUCUACAAUGAACAUUUUGAGGAACUUCCCAACUGUUUUCAAAGCAGCUGCACCAUUUUACAUUCUUACCAGCAAUGUAUAGUGUUCCAGUUUUCCCACAUCCUCACCAACACUUGUUAUUAUGUUUUUUAUUAUUGCCAUCCUAGUGGGUAUGAAGUGGUACCAACAUUUUUUAACUGGGUAAAAAAUACAUAACAUAAAAUUUACCAUCCUAACCCUUUAAAAAUGUAUAGUUUAGUAGCGUUAAGUACAUAACAUUGUCGCACAAUAGAUCUCCAGAAUUUUUCAUCUUGCAAAACUGAAACUCUACUCUCAUUAAAUAACAACUCCCUAUUUCCCCCUCACCCCAGUCCCUGGCAACUACCAUUCUACAGUGUAACUGUGGUUUUAAUUUGCACUUGCCUAAUGGCUAAUGAUGUUGAGCAUCUUUUCAUGUGCUUAUUAGCCAUUUGUAUAUUUAUUCAGAUCUUUGGCCCAUUUUAAAAUUGAGUUGACUUUUUGUUAUUGAUUUGUGUUUGUAUGCUAGAUACAAAGCCUUUAGCAGAUACAUGAUUUACAAAUAUUUGCUCCCAUUCUGCGGGCUAUCUUUUCACUUUCUUGGUGGUGCCUUUGAAGCAUAAAAGUUUUUAAUAUUGAAGAAGUCCAACUUACCUAUUUUUUCUUCGGUUACUGCACUUUUGUUGUCAUGCGUAAGAAGGCUUUGCCUAACUCAAGGUCACAAAGAUUUACUCUUAUGUUUUUUCUAAGGGUUUUGUCAUUUAGGUCUAUAGUCAGUUUUGAGUUAAAUGUUGUAUAUGGUGUGAGGAAGGGGGUUCAACUUCAUUCUUUUACAUGUGUAAAUCCUCAACAAAAUAUUAGCAAACCAAAUUCAACAAUACAUUAAAAGAAUCAUACACCAUGAUCAAGUGGAAUUUUUCCAGGGAUGCAAGGAUGGUUCAACAGAUGCACAUCUAUCAAUGUGCUACACCAUAUUAACAAAACAAAGGAUAUAAUUCAUACAAUGAAAUCUUAAAGGUACUGAAGAAUUGCUGCAGUAAUUUAAAACAGAGCAAUACAAUCAGAUAUGCAUUUUGGAAAUGUCAGUAUUGGAGGUGCUUUGAAUGUAGCAGUCUACAAAGUGGAAUGUGGCGAAAAUAUUGGAACUCAUGUUUAUUUUUAUAUGCAUGAGAAAUCACAUUUUACUAAUCUUGGAUUAGCUGGAAAACAUGCCAAUCACUUAUAAAUAAAUAUAUAAGUUUGGAAGAUGGUCUGGAGUUUGAAAUGUGGGGAAGACUAAAUGUGGAAAAAUCAGGAUCAAGAUACUAUUACAGUAAUCCAGCUGAGAAACAAUAAGGACCAAAGGA